CCCGUGGCCGCAGAGGAUGCCGUGGUCCCCGUCGCUGCUGCUGCUGCUGGCCGCGGCCUCCUGGCUGGCGGCCCGCGUCCUCGCGCGGCUCCGCGCCUCCCGCACCCUGGAGCGGCGCCUCCGCGUCUUCCCGCAGCCCCCGAGCCGGGGCCGGCUGCUGGGCCACCUGGGGCUGAUCCGGAGCUCGGAGGAAGGCCUGCGGUGCCUGCAGGGCCUGGCGCGCGCGUUCGAGACCGCGUGCCUGUGCUGGCUCGGGCCCUGGCAGCCCGUGGUGCGCCUCUUCCACCCCGACUUCAUCAAGCCGGUGCUCCUGGCCCCAGCUGCCGUGGCCCCCAAGGACACCGUCUUCUACCGGUUCCUGAGGCCCUGGCUGGGCGACGGACUCCUGCUGAGCGCCGGGGCCAAGUGGGGCCGCCACCGGCGCAUGCUGACGCCCGCCUUCCACUUCAGCAUCCUGAAGCCAUACACGAAGAUCUUCAACCGCAGCGUGGACACCAUGCACGCCAAGUGGCGGCGACUGAUCGCGGAGGGCGUCACGCAUCUGGACAUGUUCGAGCACAUCAGCCUCAUGACCUUGGACAGUCUGCUGAGAUGCGUCUUCGGCUUCCACAGCGACUGUCAGGAGAAGCCCAGUGAGUACAUCGCUGCCAUCUUGGAGCUCAGCGCCCUGGUGGCCAAGAGACACCAGCAACCGCUGCUGCACCUGGACUUCCUGUACCAGCUGACCCCCGACGGGCGCCGCUUCCGGAAGGCCUGCCGCCUGGUGCACGCCUUCACCGACGCCGUCAUCCGGGAACGGCGCCGCUCCCUCCUGGGCCAGGGCCUGGAUGAUGGCCUCCGGGCCAAGGCCAAGGCCAAAACCCUGGACUUCAUCGACGUGCUUCUGCUGGCCAAGGAUGAGGACGGGAAGGCGCUGUCCGACCAGGACAUCCGGGCGGAGGCCGACACCUUCAUGUUUGGGGGCCACGACACCACGGCCAGCGGGCUCUCCUGGGUCCUCUACAACCUGGCCACGCACCCGCAGCACCAGGAGCGCUGCCGGCAGGAGGUGCGGGAGCUGCUGAGGGACCGCGACCCGCAGGAGGUGGAGUGGGACGACCUGGCCCGGCUGCCCUUCCUCACCAUGUGCCUCAAGGAGAGCCUGCGGCUGCACCCGCCCGUCACCGGCGUCUCCCGCUGCUGCGCGCGGGACGUGCAGCUGCCCGACGGCCGGGUCAUCCCCAGAGGCGUCGUCUGCCGCGUCUGUAUUUUCGGGACUCAUCACAACCCCGCGGUGUGGCCGGACCCCGAGGCCUUCGACCCCUUCCGCUUCCACCCGGACCGGGAGCGGGGCCGCCUCGCCUUCCUCGCCUUCUCCGCCGGGCCCAGGAACUGCAUCGGGCAGACCUUCGCGCUGAGCGAGAUGAAGGUGGCGCUGGCGCUGACGCUGCUGCGCUUCCGCGUGCUGCCCGCAGGGGGCGCCGCGGGGCCCGAGCCGCGCCGGAAGCCGGAGCUCAUCCUGCGCGCCGAGGGCGGCCUGUGGCUGCGCGCGCAGCCCCUGGACUGACCCCGCCCCGCCC